AAGCAGGGUUGCCAAAGAGUAGACGCAACGACUGCAGUCCGUUUCCGUCCGUUAAACUUCAUUCCCCUAAUUCCCUGGGAUUCAUUCCCAAAAGUGUGGAGGGAGGAAGGAAGGACAGAGAAGAGGGUGGGAGAGAGUGAGUGGGUGUGUGAAAGAGACAGAGAGAGAGAGAGAACUCAUUUAGUAACUACUGGAUAUUGGAGAUCAAAUUAUAGUUUGCGGCUGAAUGGGCAAGAGACGAUUCCUUCAACCGGAGUCGAAGUCGAGUCGAACAAGGGCAGCAUUGAGCCACAAGCUUAUGGCGGAACAGGAUAUAAAGGAAAGAAAAACAUUCAAACCAAAAAGAAAGAAAGGACCAAGCGCUGCACGGCAGAGACAGGAGCACUCUGGAGCGACCCUUGGAGCCGAGCAGACCGCAAGAUGAGUCCAGCACAGACGGCGCUAGUCCUCGCCGCCACGGUCGGGGUCGUCUGCAUCGCCUGGCCCCACCACGUCAUGGCCAUCGACCUCUCCAGGCUCUACGGCCAUGUCAGCGCCAAGCGGAACAGUGAGUAUAGGAUAGAGUAA